GAUAGGGCCCCUCCUUGUCAAUGGGCAGGGCUUCAUUCAGUUUCCUGCAGCCGAUACACUCAGCCCUGCUUGAGCUGCUGAGCCUGUGAGAGGAGAAAUCACAUCCCAAGAAAGGAAUACAGGAAUCUCCAUUAUCAUAACCGCAGCAAGGACAGGGGGCUGCGCACGGACAGACAUACACACAGACAGACAGGCGGCUGCGAGGACGUGCAGGCCUCUCCCCUGGCCCCGAGAAGAAGCAUCUCCCUGUCCCUGACUGCAUUCUGUGGGCUUGGAGCAAGCUGCACUCAGCACCCUGGCUCAGAAGGUGAUCCCUUCCUCCCCUCUGAGGAUGUCUCGGAAGGUACAGAGGGGCGAGGUGUGUGCAGACUGCAGUGCCCCAGAUCCUGGAUGGGCCUCCAUAAACCGUGGUGUUCUUAUUUGUGACGAAUGCUGCAGUGUACAUCGAAGCCUGGGAAGACAUAUAUCCAUUGUAAAACAUCUCAGACACAGCAUGUGGCCAUCAUCUCUCCUUCAGAUGGUGCACACCUUAGCCAGCAAUGGUGCAAACUCCAUCUGGGAACACUCACUGCUGGACCCUGCACAGAUUCAGAGUGGUCGACGCAAAGCCAACCCACAGGACAAACUACACCCUACAAAAUCUGAAUUUAUCCGUGCCAAGUAUCAGAUGCUCGCAUUUGUACAUAAGCUACCAUGCCGUGAUGACGAUGGAGUGACUGCCAAAGAUCUUAGUAAGCAACUUCACUCUAGCGUGCGUACUGGAAACCUGGAGACUUGCUUGCGUCUGCUCUCCCUCGGUGCUCAGGCCAAUUUUUUCCACCCGGAGAAAGGCACUACACCCCUGCACGUAGCAGCAAAAGCGGGACAAGUUCUCCAGGCUGAACUGCUAGUAGUAUACGGAGCUGAUCCAGGUGCGCCAGACGUUAAUGGGAGGACGCCAAUUGACUAUGGCAGGCAAGCAGGUCACCACGACCUGGCAGACAGACUAGUGGAGUGUCAGUAUGAGCUGACGGACAGGUUGGCGUUUUACCUCUGUGGGCGCAAGCCAGACCAUAAGAAUGGGCAUUACAUCAUUCCUCAAAUGGCUGACAGAACCCGACCAAGAGGUGUGCCUCAGAGUUUGGACCUGUCUGAGCUUGCUAAAGCUGCAAAGAAGAAGCUCCAGGCGCUCAGUAACAGACUUUUUGAAGAGCUGGCUAUGGAUGUCUACGAUGAGGUUGAUCGGAGAGAGAAUGAUGCAGUCUGGCUGACAACCCAGAAUCACAGCACUUUGGUGACUGAGCGUAGUGCAGUACCUUUCCUACCUGUUAAUCCAGAGUACUCUGCCACAAGGAACCAGGGACGUCAGAAGCUGGCACGAUUCAAUGCACGGGAGUUUGCCACUUUGAUAAUAGAUAUCCUCAGUGAAGCCAAGAGACGGCAGCAGGGCAAGACCUCUGUGAUCUCCACAGACAACCUAGACUAUACUUUGAGGAAUGCCAAUGACUGUGAUGACCAGCAUGACUAUGACAGUGUAGCAUCUGAUGAGGACACGGAUCAAGAAGUGCUUUGGAAUUCCAGGAACAACAGAGCCCGGAGCAUGGACUCCUCAGACUUAUCUGAUGGCCCUAUCACCCUGCAGGAGUACCUGGAGGUAAAGAAAGCCCUUGCAACAUCUGAUGCCAAGGUGCAGCAACUGAUGAAAGUGAAUAGCAAUUUAAGUGAGGAGCUGCGACGACUCCAGAGAGAGAUUCACAAGCUGCAAUCCGAGAACUCACAGAUUCGACAUCAGACAGGCCCUUCUCCACCUCCUCCAGCAAAUCCAGAGCGGACAGAGCACCAGUUGCCUGCAGCUCACCGGAGAGAUCGUCAGGCAUUCUCCAUGUAUGAACCAGGGGCGGCACUUAAACCUUUUGGACAACCCACAGAUGACCUGGGCAACAGACUUCAGCCUUUCCACUCUGGGAUCCGGAAAGGCAUCUCUGCCUCUUCUGUGCCCUUCCCCCCUUUGUCCUCCCCUCUGUUCUCUGGACCCCUGGACACUGCUCGGAACAUGCCUACCAAAGCGGAUCGGCAUGGCAGUGGCACAGACAGUGACUAUGACAACACCCAAAGUACAGACACCGGCACUGGGUUGGAUGGAAGGAAGUAUCUGGACUUAUCAAGAGAUGAGGAUAUCCAUGCAGAGAAUGAAGAUGUGGAGUUGGAGUUGGACCCCACACUACCUAGCACAGAGGAUGUGAUCCUCCGGACAGAACAAGUGACCAAAAACAUUCAGGAACUGCUGAGAGCUGCCCAGGAGUUCAAGCACGACAGUUUUGUUCCUUGCUCUGAGAAGAUUCACUCAGCAGUAACAGAAAUGGCAUCACUCUUCCCCAAAAAGCCAGCACUGGAAACCGUUCGUUCAUCCCUGCGGUUACUAAAUGCAAGUGCGUAUCGACUCCAGAGCGAAUGCCGUAAAACUGUUCCACCAGAGCCAGGAGCCUCAGUGGACUACCAACUCCUCACUCAGCAAGUCAUCCAAUGCGCUUACGAUAUUGCUAAAGCGGCCAAACAGCUGGUUACCAUAACCACUCGAGAAAAAAAGCAGUGACCAACAUAGGAACCAAAAAACAAAAAAAAACUCUUCCACUUUUCAAGAGUCCAAGCCCUGUGCGGUUCCUAUUUUGUACUCUUAUGGAACACCACAGCUAUCUGGGGAAUCUCCAUUUGGGGUACCUCAUGGUCUUGAAUGAAACCAGGAUCUGAAUUUCUACACUCCUGCAUAAAAUGCUAAUGUUCUGUAUGCGAGCAGAAAGUUUAAAGGCACAGUUCUAUUUGGCUAAUGCAUAGCUACGAAAUUCCAUUUUCAGUUCAGUGAUUGCAAAGUUUGUUAACUUAAGCUAUCCACAUACCCCAGAAUAUUAAGAUCUUUAAUAGUUUGUAAUAUCUGGUAGAGAAUGACACUAAUAGUUAACCCUCCAAAAGGACUUUUUUUUUUUUUUAACUUUGCCACAUAUCAAUUUGAAGAAAAAAAAGUCAGAUCAAAAUCUAGAUGGUUGUGUGAACUACACAUUUUUCUGAUGAAGUUAUUCUGUGUUAUUCAUGUAUCUGCUGUAACUCAGCAUUUCAUAAUUAGGACCAAAGAGAACAUACACUAUCAUUAGUUAAUUUUAUUUGAUCACAUUUACUGCUAAAUCUCUGUAAUUCCUGCAAAUUUUAGAGGAGAGCCACCUCUGCCUUUUAACAGAGGUAAAUACUUGAACUUUUCUAGAUUUGGUGACUAUUACUCAAUAUAUAUUCUCCAGAACCACAUGUGUUGCCUGUGUAUUUGAGUAUAUAUGUGCAUAGACACAUCUAUAGCUAUAUUUGCAAGCCCAAAAUGCAUGUACUAAUACUUUGAGUAAGUAGCUGUGCAGGGGGCUGUUCCUUUAAAUCAUGUUCUGCUACCUCCCUCCCUCCAGCUGGGAAUAAGUGAACUCUGAAGUAGAACCUAUUGAUCAUCGAUUGCCAGUCCUGGUUUCUCUUGACAUUGUACAUUGCUGAGAAUUGACGACUAUACAACUCACGGAAGAAAUCUGGAAAGUAUGGCCGGCCGCAUGCAGAGGUGAAGCACCCAUUCUUGAAACCCACAAGGCAGAACAGAGAGCACUUAUUACUUUAUCCACGAGUUACGUUACCCUGUUGCCUGUGAGCCUUGGGAAGCACAAAUCUGGCAUGUUGCAAAACAUCUUUCCUCCAAUAAGCCGGAGCAAUAGCGGUUCUCGGCCCUCUAAACAGCCAGUCUCUGCAGUGCUAUGUCACGUGUGAACAAUGAAUGUGGCCUAUACUAAACUUACACUGGAAUCAAUGUGUAUAUAAAAAAUAUACAUAUCUAAUAUAUAACAAACAUCUCUUUUUUUUUUUUGUGUUGAUGGGGUGGUUUGGGGAUUAACAUAGACUGUUUUAUGUAUUUGGUGUGUAACCACUUUAAGCUCAUUACUCUAAAGAGUAGCACAAAUCGAAGCUCAUAGACUGCAAUAGACUAGGCCUUCCUCUAGUGUCAUUCUUUCUGACACCAUAACUCUGCUGUGUGUUCUCCUUCUGUGCAUGAAUGGCACGUUGGCGUGGUAUUACCAUAAUCUGAUCUGUUCUUUCCACUGAUUUUUGUUUUGUGUUUUUUUUGGUAACUGGCAUUGCUUAAUAGGAGCAGUCAGUUGCUUCUGGGGAGAGUUCUCCCUCCAAUCUUAGUUUUCUAUUCUGCUUUAUAAAACUAGCCCUUUAAUGCCAAUCUGUAGAGAUUGAAACGGUAGCCUCAAUUCAAUAGAGGGAUUGUUUAAUAAAAUGGUUAACCGCUCCUUGUCAGUUUUCUAUCACGCAUGUGGAUACCAGAUGUAAAAUCAGCUAGGGAGAGAAUUUAUAAAGACAGUAAGUAAAGGUAUUUGACAUUGUGCUAUAAAAGCCUAACAUUUUAUUGCCUGCACUAUCACCUCUCCAUCUUUACCUAGGCUUCCUUUAAAUCAGUGUUCUUAUAACUGGUUACCUCUUGCACUACUAGAGUCUUCAUUAAAGCUUUUUUUUUAUUAUUGUUUCUGCUUUUUCUCAGUGAAUUUUUUUUUUUUUUUUUUUUCCUGUUGCUACAGAAUUUUCCAAAUGACUUGAGUGUGAGAGAGCUUGGUGAUAGGUGUUCAUUGUAAAGAUAUGCAUAAUGUACAUUUGUAUCAAAUUAAACAACUAACACUG